AGGUGGGCCCGCUGAAGACUCACCCCUUUCCCAGGGGGUGGGUAUGGAGGGAACUCUGGAAGAUCCUCCAAGGAGGGAAUUUGCGGAGUUUAGUAUUGGAGAUCAAGCCAAAGACCUUCCACAUGCUAGACAAGUGCUCUACCACUGAGCCACAUCUGCAGCCCUCCAGACCACAUUUGUAGAGUGAAUGAACGCUCACCAGCUGCUGGGAGCCUGCCAUAUACCCGGCUGGGCUCAGUGGGAAAAUACCGAAAGAAGAAGACGCUGUCCUAGUCUGCGUAAGGGUUCCAGCCUGCUAAACUUUUCUGAGUUCACAGAGUUCUGUGCAGUAGAACCAGGUUUUCUGAAGCCAAACACUUUACUAUGAAAAGAUUUAUUUGGCACAGAGGAAACUAGUGGUAGUAAGUGCAAGGGACCAGGGCCUGGGCCGGGGGCCUCACAGAGCCUGACCUGCACUGGGAAGAGCACACAGGUGUUCCUCCCAGGCUGCCUAAGCCCCGCUGACUAUGGACGAGAGGGAGGAGGACGAGGGUGCUGAGGAAGCCUGGCUGCAGCUGCGGCCUGUGGAACCCUUGCCCUCCCAGUGCUGCGGCAGUGGCUGCUCGCCCUGUGUGUUUGACCUCUACCACCGAGACCUGGCAAAGUGGGAGGCGGCCCACUCGAGCAACGACAGGAGCCUGUUGAGUGGGAAACAGCCACAGAGCUGCCCCUCCGAGCUGAACCCAGAAGACUUCCUGGCUUUCCGCAUCAGUGCUGUGGACAAACUCACUAACGACACCUACUGUGUCCGGUUUGCUCUGCCUGGGAACAGCCAGCUUGGCUUGCGGCCCGGGCAGCACCUUGUCCUACGAGGGAUAGUGGAAGACUUAGAAAUUCAGAGGGCCUAUACUCCCAUCAGCCCUGCCACUGCAGAAGGAUACUUCGAAGUUCUAAUUAAGUGCUACCAGAGGGGGCUGAUGUCCCAGUAUGUGGAAUCCUGGAGAGCUGGAGACACAGCUUUCUGGCGAGGACCUUUCGGAGACUUCUUCUAUAAACCAAACCAGUUUGGUGAGCUCCUUAUGCUGGCUGCAGGCACGGGCCUGGCCCCCAUGGUGCCCAUCCUACAGAGCAUCACAGACAACGCAGAUGACGAGACCUUUGUCACCCUCGUCUGCUGCUUCAAGACCUUUGACAGCAUCUACCUGAAGACAUUUCUGCAGGAGCAGGCCCGUUUCUGGAAUGUCCGCAUCUUUUUUGUGCUUAGCCAGGAGAGGUCCCUAGAACAGCUUCCCUGGAGUUACCGAGAGAAGACCCACUUUGGCCGCCUGGGCCUGGACCUGGUUGAAGAGCUGGUCAGCUGUUGUCGGAGAAAGCCAUUUGCGUUGGUCUGCGGCUCGCCUGAGUUUACCAAAGACAUGGUCAAGUGCUUGCUGUGUGCAGGCCUGGCCGAGGACUCUUACUUCCUCUUCUAGCCAUGGCCUCCUUUCCAGAGCUCUGCGUAAGGGUCUGCUGUAGGGACACAAGAAGGACCUCAGGCUAGAAUCAGGAGUGCAGGCCUGGCCUGCUGAAAACUUCCCGGGUGACCUUGGGCAAGUGUCCUCACCUCUAGGAGUUCCACACAAGCAAGUGCCCCGUGAGGUUAGUCAUCCUCUCCAGCAUCCUGUUUGCUGUGGAGACUGGAGCCUGUGGGAGCCCUGAGAGGAGAAUGUCCGGCCUGGGAGGCAGAGAGGACUCCUCUGAGGAAGCCGAGUCCUGGCUGAGCCCAGGACUUGAGGGAGAGGCGCAGGAGAGAGGAGGAGCUUGCCUGGUCCCUCUCAUCGGAGCUGUUCGGGGCUCCAGCUGUGACCUCAGCUCCAGCUCAGGUCAGGUGCUCCUGAGUGUUUAGGGAAUGACUUCAGGAGAGGUCAGAGCUCUUUGGAGAACACGAACAAGUGAACCUUCAGUGCCGUGAGCCCCACGUGCUGAAGGCCUUGCCUUCUGUGAUGACCGUGUUCGCAGAGCAAGGUGUUACCCGAGAUGACCCCUGUGCUGGCCCCAGCCUUUCCCACUGUGAACAGCUUUGCUGUUAGGCUCCCUUCCCUGCCUCAGGAGCCCAGCCCAGAGUCCUUUCCCAGCAAAAGAAGAGGCAGGGGAGGCGAAAGCUCCGCCCUCCUCUGGCAGGCAACUGGCUCAGCCUGUGCCUUCAGCUCGGUGCCCUGGCGACAGUUGCUAGGGAGAUCUAAAGAUAGAGCAGGAGCCAGGAGACAUGGGUUCUUCGCCCAGCUCUGCCCACUGAGCAGCUGCAGGUUAGGUCCACCUAGCCCUGCCCCUGACCCCUGCCCGGGCUAUGCCCUCUCCAGGGAACCCUUUGCCCCUGGGCAGCACACUGCAGUUAAUGAACUCAGCAUGCCGCAGUCUGGGCGCAGUGUGCUGUACUAUCAUGGGGCCGGCUAUAGGCAGUCCCAGACCUGGAAUAAAAAGCAGUGGAGGCUUAGAAUUGGAACCACGGAAUCUAAGAGUUAGGCCAUUUACAGUUCCAGAAUUGCAGUCCUCCUAUCCAAGCUGAAAGUUCAGGACGCCAGAAAGCGUCCAGCCUAACAGACAGACUGUAUAAAUGGAAAGACUGAGGCCCAACAGAACUAAAUGACUUGCUAAGGUGAAACAGUUAGUGGUGGACACCAGCACGUCUUCCAGUUUCAGACCCUGCUCUGAGUUCUGCACUGCUGGUUUUCAGACCGAGCUUCAGGGGGCACUAGGGCCCUUGGCAUAGAUGGCAGCAGAAGUGAUGGCCAGGGGGAUCUCCUGGUCCCACUUCACCCAGAGCAGCUCUGUUUUUAUCCAGUGUAUGUGUUGGGGCUUGAAGUAGUUCCUGUUUGUCAGAAAAGAUUUUCCUGUCCUUCCCAAAAGUUAUAUCAAAUUGGACACUAAACGGUCAUGCUAAGCAGCUGCGGGUGGUGCGAAGGUCUCAAACUGUUUUGCAGGAGAGGUUCCUUGUCAGCGAGGUGUGGGGGCUGCUGGCUGCACCCUCUCCAAGAAUAAUACACAUGAACAUAGUAAAAUUUGGAAAGACCAACAGCCAAGAAAUUUUUCGUUUGGUUUAAUGCAGUUUCUCAAGCUGCUUCCUAUGGCUCAGUGCUCUGUGGGUCUCAAAGGUUCUUUGCAGUGUAGUGAGUAGGAAAGGCCCUGAGAAUCAAAGCUCUGAACACAGACUGUGAUCUCCUCCGGCCAGGCCUCGGCCUCCUGCUCUCCCUUCCCCUCCACUAGUGCGUCAUGAGCUGAAUCUGUUCAGACACCAAGGAAGCAUCAGCAAGUGCGACAGGCGCAGCCUUUCCACGGGGAGCUCCAGCCAGGGAGGAGGAGGUGUUAAAUGCGGGCUGUGAGGGGAUGCGUGUUGGGAAGCUGGAGAGUGAGGAGGGCCAGGGCCGCAGCACAGCCCCUGGAAGUCGAGGUUUCAAAAGCAGUAUUCUCACUCAUCACUACCCGUGUGAACGUGGUCCCAUGUAAAGACUGGAGGGUCAGAGGCAUUUUUUACAUGUGCCUGUUCCACUUUUUGAUAUUUGAUCAGGCAGCAGACAAGGUCAGCCAGGGUAGCUGCGAGCCCCUUCUUGUCAGCAUGGGUCACCCUCCUGUCCCUUCCCUGUAGGGUCUGUGUGUGGGUGCGAUCCCCCCAUGCCCAGCAGUUUGUGCCAUUGUAUUGCCCAGAUUUGCAAGUGAAGAAACGAAGCUUCUAAGACAUAAAGCAAUCCUCCAAGGUCAUGCAGCGGGACACAAAUUCUACCACGUUGUAACUGUUGUAAAGUCAUAGGUAGCACAUGAGUGCUCCUGGAGAUACAUAUAAAGAUUUGUGUAUUACUGUGCUAUUUGAAGUAGCAAAAGCUAAAAAUCUACUUAUAUAUCCAUGGAAAAAAGUAACUUUGGUUUUUAUGGUGCUGAGGAUGGAACCCGGGGCUUUAUGCACGCUAGGCAGGUGCUGUAUCACUGAGCUACACUCCCACCUGUAUAUGCUCUCUAUAAAGAAUAAACAGCUCCUCAUGUGUGUGUGCAUGCAUACACAUAGAGAUUGACCCUGGAGCCUCGUGUGUGAAGCACACUUUACCACUGAGCUAUCCCUCCCCAGCCCCAGCAAAUAGUGACUCAUCCAGGGGUGCACCGGACGGUAGUUAAAAUGAAUGAACUGGAUCUCCAUGUGCCCACGUGGACUGCUUGGUAUCAGCGUCAUAAAGUACCUAGUGAGUAGGUGCUGUGACUACCUGUACUUGGAGGUUAUUCAGCUCCAGAAUAAUUCUCCCGGGGAGGAGACAUGCCAAAUGCCAGCAAAGAUUACCACAAGGGCUGGGCAGGAGGGGUGGGCCUGGGAAGGCUUUUGGCCAUAUCUGCACCUGUAGUUCAUGAUUAAAAAGAAAUCUGAAAUGAA